AUGGGCAUGAUUCAUGCGUCGAAUGAGGAAACAAUCUAUAUCAUCAACCACAUUAUCACCUUCAACCUCCUCCGCGCUUGCAAUGAGCAGGGGAAACUCUCGAAGUUCUUCUUCGCAUCGUCAGCCUGCGUCUACCCACAAAUUUUACAAGGCAAAGAAAAUAGAGAUGUCUUACUCGCUGAAACCGAUGGCUUAUAUGGUCUCGAGAAAUUCAACUCCGAAUCACUACCCUACCCUUUACAUUGGGCGUUUCCACAACGUUUACGGCCCAAUGGCACCUGGUUUGGUGGGAGAGAGAAGGCUCCCGCAGCCCUCUUACGCAAAGCGGCCGUGGCAAAACUCGUUGGCCAAACGCCUACGAUGGAACUUUGGGGUGAUGGCUCUGAGAGAAGGAGCUUCCUUUACAUCGAUGAUGCUGUCGACGCAUGCAGCGAUCCGAUAAACAUUGGAUCAGAACGAACAAUAUCAAUCCGGGAACUCGCCUCUACCGCCCUGAAAAUGGUAAACCUCAGCGGAUCAGGGGUUAGGUUUGCAUAUGACCACUCCAAAGACGUUGGUGUUGGAGCCCGGAGUUCUGAUAAUACAUUGGUAGAGAAAGUACUUGGCUGGAGACCUAGGGUUUCUCUGGAAGAAGGAAUGGAGAGAACGUGUCGUUCGAUUGAAGCAGGGAUCGAAAAAUUCUUGGAAGGGCUCCCUGACGAAAAACGGAAGGUUCAACUCGAACUCUGGAAGCAUAGCGAAGUCGAAGACUUGCGGUCCAACUCUAUUAGUUUUGCCUUGUUGCUCCCAAUGACGUCGAGAAAUUCUUCCUCGCCCAACGACUGCUUGGACUCGCUCAAACGGUUUGCCUAUUCCAUUGUCGACACAGCGUGGCGAGACACGCACAGUUACAGCCAGACAUCAUUCAAGGCCAAAAUAUACCUUGGUAUCGACAGCGAUGACGACUUCCUACUUCUAGGAUCUGGGGAAACGAAACCCGAAGCCGUAUUACGCUCCGCGGGGCUGAUAGACGUUGUUCUGAUGAAAUUCGACCCAUGCCAUGGCCGUGUCUGCGACCUUUGGCGGGAUCUUGCGAGGAGGGCCUGGCAGGAUAGGGCCGACUAUUUCAUACUUCUUGGUGAUGAUGUUGAGCUACUGGACGAAGGCUGGAUGAGGAAGGCUCACCAAUGCUUCCUCGAUCUUGCGACCACUCGGGGUCUUCCUCAUGGGGUUGGAAUGAUGCCCUCACGAAUAUCAAACAGGGUCGGCGGAGAAGGAUUAGCUCGAUAUUCCAAAGUCUCUGCGAGACAUUGGACAUUCCAAACACUCGAUGUAGCGAGUGACGCGUUGACCAAGAAUUUAGCUGCCAAAGCGCUCGAGGGCGCCCGGAUAAGCACUAUCGAUGUCAUUGUUCCCUCAUUCCGUGUGAACUUAAGCCUUCUCGACAACAUUCUAGGACUUCAAUCGAGCGACACUUGUUCCGUGAACUUCAUCAUCAUAAUUGACACUCCCGACUCCCCUUUCAUAGAUAAACUCCUUACCAGACACGGACAUCGGUCGGAUGUCCGGAUAAGGAUCAACGAACGUAACCUUGGGGCAAGUGCUGCAAGGAAUCGCGGUCUGUCGGAGUCCGCAGCGGAGUGGGUUCUGUUCCUAGAUGACGACGUGAUUCCUGAGCCCAAUAUACUCUGGAACCUGGAACGUCACAUCCGUGUACAUCCCCAAGCAGCCGGCUUUGUUGGCUUAUCUCAUUUCCCAAGUCCAAGCUCAAUUUUUACCAUGGCACUACACUAUUCCGGCAUCACCUACUUUUGGGACAUAGCCGAGAAAUUAGAAGGGGAGAUUCCCUGGGGACGUCGCCAGGCUUCGAAGAUGACUGGGGGUGUUGGAUUCCUUGGUGCACCUGAUGUGAUUGUUACCCAUCCCUGGUGGAACGGGGGAUCUCGCUCGUAUCGGCGUUUCUUCGGGUGGGCCCGUGGGGACGGUGCAUUGACAGACAUGUAUCCUUCUUUGUCUUACAGAGAUGCGCCAAACUCUGCAGAGAUCCUUCUUGUUGCCUCUGCCGGAACAAUAGUGGGUUUGCUCGGGGUCAUUCUUCCUUGUUUGUCCCCUCUUCGCCACGUUUCCUUUGCUCUCAUUGUUUCAGUAAUGGUCGCAAAUAUCUUCCACGACAUCUUCCGUCACCUCUGGAGAGAAAGAGGCCACAUUCAGCUUCCAGGAUGGAGUAUCGCGAUAUUAGAGAGCUCAAUUAUUCGUAUGGUUAGCGAGUUUGGACGACUGGUGGGAAUAUUGGAACGGGGAGAGUUUACGAGCAUUUUCAAGAGAUUCGAUUGGUUCAUUCGACUUCCGGGGCGUAAGGACAAGGAGUUGGCGCGCACGAACUCGGCGGAGCGCCUCAUCCUCAUCGUGUUACUCAUGGCCAUUUACCUCAGCCGCUGCUGAGCAGAAGUAUUUGCUU